AUGAAAAUAAUUGUUUUAAUGAUAAUUAUUAUUUACCAAUGGGCGACAAUUAUUUUGGCAGCGAACUUUUUAAUACACCUAAUAUAAAUGAAUCUUUUAUAUCAGAAAUAUUAAAUACUAUGUCCGAAGUAUCAAAUGUUACCAAAAUAUCAGAUACAAUAUCUGAAACUUCAAAUAAUUUUGAUAUUAUAGAUGAAACAUCUAAUGCUUCUAGUUCUUCACGAUCUGACAUUUGGAAAUUUUUUGAUAAAAAGAAAAAAGAUAAAACCAUUACUACGAAAUACAAACAUUGUCUAAAUGUUAGAUAUUCUAUUAUUAAAGGUACUACAACAAAUCUUUGGACACAUGUUAAAAGAAUUGUUCUCGAAGACCUUUCUUUUACAAUAGUAGAAGGUCAAAUUAAAAGUAUAAUUGAAAAAAUAUCAAAAUUUCAUGUUGUAUCUGCAGAUACAAUUAAACGUGAUAUAAUAAAAAAAUAUAAAAAAAUGCAAACUAGUGUCCAAAUAGAAUUACAAGUAAUUCCAGGAAAAUUUGCAGUUUCUUUAGAUAUGUGGACUUUGAUUGCGGUUAAGGCUUAUAUAAGAAUUAUAGCUCAUUAUAUAGAUAAAGAUUGGCAGCUCCAACAAAAAACUUUAGAUUUUGUUGAAGUAGAAGGUUCUCAUACAGGCACGAAUCUUGCAAAUAAAGUAAUUAAUAAGCUAAAAGAUGAAACUGAAAAAAUUCGAAAUCUUAUUACUAAAUUCCGCUCAUCUCCACAACAACGCAAGAAAUUUUCAGAAAUUGCAAAUUUAAAUAAUAUUAAUUUGUUACUUAUUCUUGAUGUUCCAACUCGUUGGAAUAGUACAUACAUGAUGAUUCAACGAGCUUUAAGUUUAAAAGUGGUUUUUGACAAGAUUUUAUUAAUCGAAGAAUUUUCAGAUCUAAGUGAUUUUAAACUUAGUCAAUCCGAAUGGAUAUCUCUUGAAAAUAUUGCGAUAUUUUUAAAACGAUUUGCUAAACUUUCUACUGAAAUGUGUUUUUCUACAUAUCCGACAAUUAAUGCGGCAAAAGCAGCAUGGGAAAAGCUUCAAGAAUAUUAUAAUAAAACUUUGGAAUCUUAUCAUUAUAUUUCCACGAUUCUUGAUCCCUGUUGGAAGAUUAAAUAUUUUCAAACUUGGGCUAAUGAUAAUUAUGAUCAAGUUUAUUAUAAAGAUUAUCGUUCUUUAUAUUUUCCAAUUUCAUCAUCUGUAAGUAAUAAUUUACAAAAUGAAGACGAUGACGAGGAUUUAUUAUUUCCUGUUCCAAAGCAUUUUCGUAAUCAUGAUGGUCAUGAUGAACUUAAUACAUAUUUGGAUAGUUCUUUAGAACCUAGUGAAAUUAAUGUAUUAGAUUACACUCCUGUAGAGCGGUUAUUUAGUAAAAGUGGAAAUGUAAUUACUCCUGAAAGAAAUAGGCUUGAAAGUGGCACAAUACAGGCGAUUAUGUGCCUUAAAAUUAGUAAACUAAUGGAAGAGCAAGACUUAAACCAAGAAAUCAAUGAGAUAAUAGAUAGCUAUAAUCUACUCAUAAAUAUUGAUUAUAACCACAUCGUCGCACAAAUUAAUAACCUUAUUGAAGCGUUAUUAAGACUGAAUUUAGAUGAUAAAGAGAAAAGCAGCAAUAGCAAAGUCAUUGUUGAAAGGAAAGACAAUAAUAGUAAAACCGACAAGAUGGAUACUUAUCAUAUCAUCAAUAGUCCCCUUGAAAAUCAACUGAUACGAAAUUAUUUGAAGAAUUGA